ACUUUAUCCAAAUUUGCGCGGGUUUGCUGUUGUUAUGGGCAGCUGUCAUUCGGCUUUUGUCGGCUCACAAAAUUAUACAUAAAACGGUUUACGGUGAAUCUAAAAGUCGCCUGUGAAAGCCGAAAACAUGUCCAAACGAGCGGCGUUUCUCACAGCCGCCUGUAAGGAAAAUGUGGAGGACUUUCUUCACUUUAUCCAACUUCAUAAGGACAAAGCGGAUCCUUUCGAUGUGGAGGAGGUGGUGCAGGAGAUGCCCAGAGACCAGAGACAGACUCUGUGGGGGAAGCUGGCUUCACUCCUUCAUGACCUCCUGCAGGAGUUGCCUCCGGAGCGCUGGGAAGAGGGCAGGGAAGAGGGCAUGGACGUGGAGUCGGCUGCGGACCCUAAACACGUCAUCGCUGUCGUGGAAGGCGUGACACUUGUGGCCGAGGCGUCCCUAAAGGUCCUACAGGACGGCGAUACCUACAGUGCCCUUCUGGAAAUCACCGACAGGCUUCACGACGUUCUGGUGUCGCUGCCUGUCUCAGAGGCACCUCUGCAGCUCCACAUCCACACACUGUGCGAGGCGUGGUGGAAGAAGGACCUGAAGGAGAAAGAAAAGUUUGGUCGCACUGCUUUCUUCAUCUCUCUGCAGAAGAGCUUCAUUCUGAAGAAACCAGGUGCAGAGGUCCAAAGAGUCUGGAGUCUCCAUGAUGUGCUUUUGAGUCUGGACUACACAUCCGAAGAUAACAAGCAGAUAAUCGACUUGUUGCUUCAGUGCUUUCACCGUCCUACUUACAUUAAAAACGAUGACGGAAAGCGAUUCCUGGUGUUUCUUUUCAGCUGGAACGUUGACUUCAUCUGGGCUAUUCAUGGCACCAUCAAAAACCAGCUGGAGUUUUAUAGCAAGACCAUGACUACUCAUAUUAUGGAGAUCUACUUCAGAGCAUGGAAGAAGGCUGGCGGGGACUUCCUGGCGGAGAUUGAGAGCUCAUGCAUACAGGAUUUUAUGCAGAAUGCGAUCUUCCUUCAUAGAGCAUCUCCUGUUCACGCCAAAGUCCGACAGAUCGUGAGCUAUUUCCACUCAAGGAAAGGCUGCAACAAGGUGGACAAGAUGCUCUAUGAUCUCUACAGGCCGUUCCUCUGGAAAGCUUUGACGGCUCCGAACUUUGAGGUGCGCGCAAACGCCACUUUGCUUUUCACUGAGGCCUUCCCAGUCCACGACCCGGAUCAGAACAACCAGAAUAUAGACGAGACCAUUCAGAAGCAGCUGGACACAGCAAUGGGCCUCCUUGAUGACCCUCAUCCCACUGUGCGCUCCAAUGCCACCCUGGGAGUCUGUAAGAUCCUGGCUAAGUGCUGGGAGCUGCUCCCUCCCACAAUCAUCACGGACUUCCUGAAGAAGCUGGUGAUGGAGCUGGCGGCUGACAGCAGCUCCCCAGAUGUUCGGUGCUCAGUCUUCAAGUGUCUGACUAUUGUCUUGGACAACACUCUCAGCCAUCCACUAUUGGAAAAACUCCUGCCUACUCUCAAAUACAGCCUCCAUGACAACUCUGAGAAAGUCCGCACAGCUUUUCUUGACAUGCUCAUCAAGGUGAAGGCAGUGCGUGCUGCCAAGUUCUGGGACGUGUGCAGUAUGGACCACCUGCUGGCCCGCCUGGCCAUCGAUUCCCAAUCGGUUUCCAAGCGCAUUGUCGAUCUGCUCUUCAAGUCUUUCUUCCCCGUCAACGAGUCGGAGAGGGAGUGGUGCUGUCGGUGCAUCACCCUCAUCCAGAUGAACCCCAUGGCUGCCAGGAAGUUCUACCAGUCGGCCCACAAACACACAGCCCCCACUAACAUAAUAAAGCUGAUGUUGGCCAUUCGCCGUGUUCUGAACAGCUGCAUCCAGACUGACUGUGACCUGUCAGACAUUAAUGACAGCAAUAAGGAGAACAGCGCACAGGCUGAACCUCUGCUGGGGAAAGACGUGGCUGUCGUGUCCCGUCUGCUGGAGGUCGUGGUCAUCCUGUGGAGAAGCGUCGAGAAGGCCCUGAAACAAAAUGAAGAGGCCCAGAAGUACACUUUCGCAAAGUUUGGAAAUGUCAUGGCCAAGUACUUCCAGGCCUUUGAGGAUGAACAAUGUACCGUUCCUCUCAUACAACUGGCCUCCUUUAUGCCCGCAGCUGCAGUUCCAACAUUCAGCUGUGGCGUCCUGUCCAGACUGAGGAAGAUGGACCCAGGAGCGGUGCCAACGCAGUACAGCCAGCUGUUAGACUGCAUGUGCAGCUGGGGCCAGGCUGCCAACAUCCUCGAACUCGCCACUGACUGGCUCACUGAGGCUCUGCCCAAGCAAGGGGACAAGGCGAACACCAAUCGAAAGGUGCGUAUCCUGGAGACGGUGGAGGCCAAACCAGACCUGGCGCUGGCUUACUUGGAGUACUUGUUCAGCCACACUUCAACGCGAGAGAAAGUGCUGGCUCUUGGCGAGCAGCCACUGAAGCAGCUCCAUACAAUUCUAGGAAACUGGAGGUCAGUGCUGUACACUCACCUCAGCUCCAGCACAGAAGAUCCUAAAACUCCCAGUGUGGAGACCGCACUCAAAGUCUUCAUGUACUACGGCCGCCUCGGUGCACAUCUGCAACAUACCUCCUCAGAGGGUCGAGACUACCUGCUCUCGCUGGAGCAUGUGGCAGCGUGGGUAGCUGAGAGGGUGUUGCCCUUCCUGGCCAAACGUACCAACGAUGAUGAAGAGGAGGAGGAUUCAGAGAAGCCACAGCCACUGGCUGCACAGAUAACUGAGAGUUUCCUGACAGUGUGCCGAGACGUUUUGCUCGUGGGUUUGGGCGACCAGACGCUCAAGGGUCACAUCCUCCACCUGUGCUCGCUCACCCUCCUCUCCGACGCAGGAUACCUGUGUAUUCCUGCAGUGCUGCCGAUUCUGAAGGAGGUGGCGGACUGCUACGUACCCGAGGACAACAACCAGGCUCAGGGCAAUCAGGGAGACGCAACCACUGUCAUUCUGGGUGUGGUGGCCAACAUCUUCCAGAAGAUUAUCGAACUCUUGGCUCGCCGUCUUAGGAAGGAACCAGAGGAGGGAAAACAGCUGUGUCAGUCAGCCAUUCCCGGCCUGACAGACUUCCUCCAAGUGGCUCAGACCUGGGACAGAGCACCUCUCAGCGGGGUCUUCUCUACUCUUUUUGCUGUCAUCGUUGUGGAGAAGAGACAUUUGCUUCAGAAGAUUACCCAUCCAGAGGAGGUGAUCACCCCGGAGUCAAUGGAGGACAUGCCUCCUCUGUCCGGUGUCCUACUUUCUGUCAUCCUCAAAGUGCCCGCUGUUACCAGGGCGUUUUUGACAGAGGUCAGCUCAUCUUUGGACUCCGAGGCCAUCAGCAGUCUUAAUGAACUGGCUGCAGUCCUGCACGUCCUAGCCGUCAUCAAACACACGGGGCAGUCUAAAACGGGCUUGAAGAGCGCAGCCACAUCUGUCCAGCAGCAGCUUUACAAACAUGCAGUCACAUCUGUAGACAGCAGGGACAUCCAGAGGGUUAUUUAUGAAUCUUCUGUGAAGACCUUGAAUGAAAUUCUGGAUUUAUAAGUUGACUUGUUUGAGAUGUAAUAUCUACUUCACAUGUGUAUUCUGGAGCUAUGUUGAGCAGUAUAAUAUCUGCUUCUCUGUAAGCAGACUCUCAGUUGCUGGCAAAAAAAAAAAAUAACACGAUAAAUAUUUCAACUUCGCUGAUCGGGUUUUUAAAAAAUAUGUUUUGGAUUUAGAUCUAAAGCUGAGGACAAGUGGCUGUCUGUAACUAUGUUUUUCCAGAUUGGCUCCACUCCUCUGUAUUUAUUUAUUUCUCGAUGGCACACAUUGUUCAAGUCUUCCCUCUCAGGCUUUGUGCAUUGAUAAUGUGAAGAACUAUUGAGUUCUCCAGACUGCAGAAGUAUGGUAUCUUGGAUUGAGUGACAUUCUACUUUAAGGCUUUUCUCUCCACAACAGCUCGGUGCUCCACUUGUAUUUUUUAACAGUUUCAUAUGAAAUACAUAUAUUUUUCCAUGUCUCACUGUCUGUGUUUAUAUAUCUGUGGGCCUGUCAGCAUUCUCACUGCCGUGUGCUACUAAUAAGAAUA